AGCGAGCGAGAAGAAGCUGCGCUGCGUCUGUCAAAUCACUAAGGAUUGAUUUUCCCCCGCACGGUCCUCGAGCGCGACCAACGGACUUUCCUCUUCGCAUGUGCUUGUACGGUAUCCAUGGUGUUGGGACAAUGCCUAGUAAUGACUGCUUUAUAACGUUUGCGGGGAAUUAACUAGUUUGGAGAAGUAUAAAAAGUAGUUCGCUGCCCCCGAGCGGGGACCAACGUGCCGAGGAUUUCUGCCUCUUUUUUUAAAUUCACGGUGGCUCCUCAAGCGGUCGGCUUCACCAAACCCUGUAAAAGGCACUUUUACAAGUUUGUUUUUUGUUUAAAGUCUGGUCCUACUUCAUAAUGUUGCCGAGCACGGCGCUUUACGCUGCGAAGAAACGGAAGAAGCCGGUUCAGAAAACACCGAAACCACUGCCUGCUGAUGGAGUUAAAUCCAACCCAUCCAAACGCCAUCGUGACCGGCUAAACGGCGAGCUGGACAAGCUCACCAGCUUGUUGCCCUUCCCUGAAGAUGUGCGGUCAAGGCUUGACAAGCUGUCUGUCCUGCGUCUGAGUGUGGGAUACCUGAAAGUCAAAACGUUCUUCAACGCCACGAUCAAGAAUGGACAGAAUGGAUCAAGCAGCCUUUUCGGGCGAAAUGGCAACGACUCUUCCUCAAACACUUUGGCGAGCAGCUCCCAGGCGAGCUCCAUUGACGGGGCCACCUUUUCUGAAGGUGACCUGUUGCUCCAGGCCCUGAAUGGCUUUGUGUUGGUGGUCACCGCCGAGGGUUACAUUUUCUACACGUCUCCAACUAUCCUGGACUUUCUGGGCUUCCACCAAUCUGAUGUCGUCCACCAGAGCGUGUUUGAGUUGAUCCACACAGAUGAUCGAGCUCUUUUCAGAACACAGCUUCACUUUGCUCUUGACCCACAAUCCAACCAGAAAAACGAGACAGCCACAAGUUCAAGUGAGCAAAGUAGCGCUGAGGUCAGCAGCAACUUGAUGGCCUAUGACCCACAGCUCAUUCCACCUGAGAACUCUUCCUUCCUGGAGAGAAAUUUCUGUUGUCGUUUUCGCUGCCUGCUUGACAAUUCUUCUGGAUUCCUGGCCCUGAACUUCUGUGGCCGGCUCAAGUAUGUUCACGGUCAAAACCGCAGGUCAGAGGAUGGAACUUUGUUGCCACCUGAGCUUGCACUUUUCUCCAUUGCAACACCGUUGCAGCCACCUUCAAUCCUUGAGAUUCGAACCAAGACCCUAAUUUUCCAGACCAAGCACAAGCUGGACUUCAGACCCAUGGGCAUCGACACUAGGGGGAAAGUGGUUCUUGGAUAUAGUGAAGAAGAACUGUGUGUACAGGGUUCUGGUUACCAUUUCAUUCACGCUGCAGACAUGAUGUACUGUGCCGAAAACCAUGUCAGAAUGAUGAAAACUGGUGACAGUGGCUUCACCUACUUCAGGCUUUUAACCAAAAUUGGAGGCUGGAUUUGGGUUCAGGCCAAUGCCCGGGUGGUGUUCAAAGGCGGGAAACCUGACUUCAUUGUUGCCCAGCAGAGGGCGCUCACAAAUGAAGAGGGAGAAGAGCAACUACGUGUCCGUCGCCUGCAGCUUCCUUUCAACUUUACGGGGGGAGAGUCAUCACUCUACGACCUGGCACCAACGUUGGACGUCCCAGACCCUUGCUCGGCGCCUAAGCAGAGGAAGCUGGAUGACUCCUGCAUCAGCCCUGACUCACUCCUCGGCUAUAUGCUGAGUCAGGACCAGUCAAUUUACUGUGAACACAACAGCGCAAACACACUGAACUCCUUAAAUGAUGCAGCCUUCAAAGACACUCAUGCCACCGUCAACGUCCCCGGAGACGUUUGGCAGCGCACCCCGCCCAAACAAGCCGUCGGCAGCUCCGGAAAAUCAGAGGCAUCAGUGCAGGAGAUGAUGGAAACUUUGCAACAGAUCCUUGGAGAGAGCGAGCUUACAGAGAGUCUGGACAUUGAAGGAGAUGAACUGAAGAGUUGGGAGAGUGCUCUCCUGAAGAUGAAUGAAGUUACUGAUGAUCUUGGGGAUAUCCUCAGUCAAGACAUCCUCUCCUAUGUAGAAGAGCAGCUACAGAAAGAAGGCAGUUUUAAGUUCUUGGAAGAUCCCAACAGCGUUUCUCUCUGUCAGGAGCUCCAGAACCGAGGUCAGAACCACAGUGUGGAGCAGGAUUUUAGCUGGCUGGCAGCUCAGAACCAGCUGCCAAUGACAAAGACAAUGAAACUUACACACAUGGAUGUCCCUCAAACCUCUGGACUCAACAGCCAAAGAGGCAUGCAUCAUUCUGUGACCAGUCCACAGGCGCAGAAUCAUCUGAGAAUGCAGCCAAUGAAGAACAAGAACUCAGACUUACUCUCCCUCAGGCAACCGUCUCAGCCCCACGCAGGCCAGUCACAUGUUCCACCACCCUCCAUCCCUCCUCAUCCAGGGAUGUCAAAUUCAGUAUUCAGCCAGUGGACAACUCCCCAGGACAAUAUUUACCCACCGAUGUACAUUCAGAAAAACGUUCCCUCAACUGUCUCGCAACCUCCUCAGACUGUCCAAACUAAUUGGAUGGAGAGACAGCUGAGGGGGAAUACAAAUGGACACCAGCAAUUCAACACCUGUGCCCAGCAAUCUAUGGACUAUCAGAAGGACUGUGCUUCAGAAGCUUCCCUGGGACCUAACAACUCUCUCUUCAGACCAGCAGAGACGUCCAAUCAGCAGUUUCCAUUCCACCACAGUGCAAGAGCGCCUCUGCUGGCUGCACAAAGUAGCUGCAUGUUUAGUAAUGCCCAGCCCCCUGUGCCUCUAACUGGAGUUCACUUGAGUCAGGUGACUCCCGGUCAGAGGCUUUACCCCAACAACCCUUCUUACUAUGACUAUGUCGGAAUCAACGGAAGAGAGUCAUUUCCUGCCACGUCAGCAAUUUCAUCCACUGAUGCGGCUGUGCCAUCCCACCUUGUUACUCCUGGUUGCAACCAAGAGGAGCUCCCGGGGCAGCCGUGCACUACCUUCAACCUGCACCUGUAGCAGCCGAUCAGCCACCAUCCAGUGAGGCUUCUACUUUCACAAGUGAAACCUGCUCACCCAGAGAUCUGAUUGGAAUCAGCAACACAACUGGAACUGAAAACUUUGAAAGAUUCUGUCUCUAAACAAGAACAUGCAACAUGUUUUUGAACCUGGAUUUGACACUGGGUUUUGGAGAGAGUAAGGACGUAAUGGUGACAUGGCACCAUAAAGUGGCAUAGUUUGGGGUGGCUGCGAAAGAGUGAGUCAUGUCAGGCCGUAAAUGUCAAGAAAUGAUGACAGUAUGCAGAUUGAAAUGUGUUGGUUUUCGCUCGUCUGCAUUGGAAUCUUUGUUGCUACCGUGUAGCGCUGAUCAAAAUGAUGACAAUUCCCAGGAUAAGCGAUUUAAAAUCGCAAAAGUUCAUGAGUAAUUGUCCAUGUUUUUUGUUAUUUUGGUACAUGGUCUUCACUAACAAAGUUUGUGUCUCCUUCUAAAAGCAGCUAAAAACAUCUUCCUAUUUUUGUUUUUAAUGUUAUGUUGCCACAAAGUUCAUUUCAAAGUGUGUUUGAUCUAUGACAGGAUAAAUUUUUGAUAAAGAAAUGUACACCAAAGCCUGUCAUCCAGACGCUGCUACUCCUCUGUGGUCUCUUGAGACAGUUUAACUACUGUUAUCUGUUUUACCUUUUCAUAACAGUUUGCCUGUUAUUCAUUUUAGAGUCAUAAUAUUUGUUUCAUCUUUGCUACCGGCACUUGAACCAUUAGAAUAGGUUCUCAUUUUUAUGAAAAAAGCAGCUCAGCAGUAUCCACCAAUUAUUGGAUGAUGAAGAAUGAAGAAUGGUAAUUAAAUCAUUCUUCAACAAAAUCUACUCAUGGUUUUUAUUUGAAAUAUGAUGAAUUAAAGUGGGGAAGGAUUUUACUUUGCCCUCUUUAUUGUAUACUAUAAUAGUAUAAUUCCAAAAUGUAAAGUCUGGGUUGUUUUCUCCCCCACUUAGGUUGCACUUUUUCCUAGCUUGCGGUACUUAGUGCAUUGCAAGAUCACAGCCUCACGCUCAACCAUGUCUCUGAAGCUGAAGCAAAAAUGUUCUGUGCACUUUAUGCAGUUGAAUCUUCAGUGGAACUUUUUCACCCAUAUGCUUAAGCUCUUGUGUACAGAUUGAACUUCAAUUAAAUCAUUCUGGUGUCAGAUAUUAAAACGUGAUUCAUGAAUAACAAAACUUAUAAUUAGUAGGAUACAUUUUUUUAUCCAGUCCCAUCCCUACUGUACCCCACAAGCUCCACAUUAAGGUGUACAACACCGCUUGAUAAACCUUUAAUCAGUGAAUAUUUAAACCCAUCAGUGAGUUAUAGUCCAUGCUCUUCUCUUUAAGGCCCUCUAAGGCUUGACCUGGAUUUUGACAUUUCUCAUUGUGCUUCUGAACGGCUACUUUCUAUACACCACACCCAGCGCAGCAUCUUUGUGUUCUUGUAUAUAAAUAUAUAUUUUCGUUUAUUUCACUUACAUGCUUCUGAUAUAUUGUAUAUUUACGUCACCUUAGCAUGACACGCUGUUCUCUGCACAACAUACAUUAACAUAAAUAACCUUCUGUUAUCAUGUGAUUGAUCGUAUCUGCUGGAUCUGGCUUCAUCAUUGUACAUUUAUUGUUUCAUGUUGACCACAUUAAAGAUGGUGAGACACGUGA